CCAGGUAUGCGAUGGGGAGGUAAAUACUGUUUUCUGAAGCUCUGGCAAGAUGGAAGCGUUACCUGUCUGAACAUGAGAACGGAAUGUGCGGACUGGAAGACCUAGGUGUGACGUCAGCCGCGGACCUGGAAUGUUGCUGCUGCUGCUGGUGGUGCGGCGGUGGUGGUGUUGGUGGUGGCAUGUGAAAGAUAUGGAUCUGAGGAAACUCGAUGGCGGUUAUUUUGCGCUCAUCGGCUCGGGGGAGCAGCAUGUCUCGUGACAAGGAUAUGCUCCGAGGGCAAACAGGCUGCUGGGUCUCCGCCACAAAAGCCGAGCUAACAGAUUAGAGACAUAGACAGAGGCAAGGUGAGGAGGCUAAAGCAGACGACACGCACAUCUCAACAUCCCUCGCCGCGUGCGAGGCGCAUUCAUCACACCCUCACCUCCCCCGGUCCCUAAAAACACGCCUAUCGCCAACGCUCAUUGGCCACGGCCGCGGCCGCCGUCCAAUCGCCGAGCCCGUUCCUGCGGGCAAGAGUUAAGCGCCUUGGCUGUCGUCUGCGCUUGGCAAAGCGUGGGGGCCGAAAAGGCGAAAGACAGAUCGCGAAAAAGGAGAAGAAGAAAGGAACGAUGGUUUCCAAUGAGUGAACACAAACGGGCGCGUUUGCAUAAGCGCCCCCACCGAUCUCCACUGGAGCUCGCUGAAGUGGCAGACAGAACAAGGCAGGCGUGAUCGCGACAAACUGGGAACAAGCAGGCGAAAGGCAAUGACGGGGGCUGCAGUCAACCCCUCCGCCGAACCUCGUCCGACCUGACGGCGACACCACUCCGUCCGGUUCUGGCGCUGAUACAGAUGUGAGGAGACUGGUGUCCCCCUCCACAACAGUAGCGAGUCACCACUACCAGGCCUGCUCUGUCGCUGGCAUGCACGUCGUCCUCCUCGUCGUCCUCGUCGUCGGAUUUGACCAUCAUCAUAAUCAUCAUCACGCCAGCCAGUGGUAAUAAAGGAAUCUUCACGUGCGAGUACUCUUGGCCAGUGUGUGUGAGCGUGUUUGUGUUCGUGUGGGUCUGAUGUUCCUGGGCCGUCGUCGUGGAAUCUUGAUUUUGUUCGUUCGAGAACAACUCAGAAAAAUACAAUAACGAGAGAGGUUAGAAGGAACAUCAUUACACGAGUACAGAAGCUUAAAAAAAAGUGUGAGAAAUGAAAUAAUGUCCAGGCUUCUUUAACUGGAUGGAGUAGUAAGAAAAAUACAUGAACGAGCGUUGACGAGUGAGGGCCAAGUCGGUCAAGAACUAGAAAAAAAGAAAAGCGAAAGUGGAAUGUCAAAUUACCCAACAGGAUCUGAUGACAUAUCCCGGAGUUCAUGGGAGAUUAUAGCGGCUGGAUUUGCAGGAGAAAGUGUCGGGUGUUGUGUCUCCUUCCGUCAGGUGUCGGCAAUGGCGAGAGCUGGAAACCAAGCAAUCGCUAAGAGUUGUGGAGACACCGCAACUAACCGUGCCAGCCUUCUGAAGUGUUAACCUGAGAAGUAUACUGUGUCCGAACAAGGUGCUACUUAUUCCAGUCAUCAUCAGGAGUAGCUUUUCUCCACAAUUUUCCUCAACUUCUGACCCGCCAAAACCCCAAACUUCACAAACUCGAAAAGACCUCGAUAAUUCAUGAUUUUUCCAGUACCUUCUCUCCUCUCCUCUUCUUCUGCUUUCUCCUCCUUCACCUCAUCCUCACCUCUGGAUCCCAGAAUGGCUUUUACUCCCUUCCUGUUCCCUCGUGGGCCCGACUACCCAGCUAUGAGCACCUUGCUGGCUCCGUCUCCCUUUGUAUCUUCCUUGGGUCUACAACCCCCAGGGUUAGCUCCUAUGCUACCCAAGUUGUCUGGAGGCCUGGGCAGAGGUCCACUAACUGCAGCCGAUCUCUUAGGUCAUCACUCGGAUCACUUCCGGCCCUUGCGGGCGCUGGAACCGCCGGAACCGGAAGUACAAGACGACCCUAAAGUGGACUUGGAGAGCAAGGACCUAUGGGAAAAAUUUCAUCGUCUAGGAACCGAGAUGGUCAUCACAAAGUCCGGAAGACGGAUGUUCCCGCCGUUCAAGGUGAAGGUGUCGGGGCUGGACAAGAAGUCCAAGUACAUCCUGCUGAUGGACAUCGUUGCUGUCGACGACUGUCGCUACAAGUUCCACAACGGCAAGUGGAUGGUGGCCGGCAAGGCCGACCCCGAGAUGCCCAAGCGCAUGUACAUCCACCCGGACUCGCCCAGCACGGGUGAGCAGUGGAUGCAGAAGGUGGUCACCUUCCAUAAGCUCAAGCUGAGCAACAACAUCUCGGACAAACAUGGAUUUUGGGUCUCUUUCCAGACGAUCCUCAACUCCAUGCACAAGUACCAGCCUCGGUUUCAUCUGGUGCGGGCCAACGACAUCCUCAAGCUGCCCUACAGCGCCUUCCGGACCUUCGUCUUCAAAGAGACAGAGUUCAUCGCCGUCACAGCUUACCAGAAUGAGAAGAUCACACAGCUCAAAAUUGACCACAACCCAUUUGCCAAAGGAUUUCGAGAUACAGGAGGAGGCAAGAGAGAAAAAAAGCGGCUGAUUGGCAGCUCUGUCUGCCCCUCGACACAGCCUCCAGCGUCACAGACAGACGAGCGCAACGAGGAGUCCGCCGCCAGUGGCGACGAGGACCACGAAAACAUGGAGAUCUGCGUGGUCGAAGCUGACGACAAGAUGGCCAAAGACGAAAGCGCGCUGGCCACUUCCGUUGAGAUAGAGCACACCUGCGCAAGUGUGACGUCUGCUUCACCUGGCACAGACGAGGACCCGGAGACAUCUAGUGUGGUUGCUCGAGGGCCGGACACGACGAAUGACCAGCCCAAGCCUUGCGAGCCGUUACCGCAUCCUCCUCCGCUGCCGUCGCUCAAGUCCGACACCGACUUGGACUCACCAGGUGGCACUGGCUGUCCAUCCUUGAGGGUGUCACAGUUGGUGGAUAGAAAGUCCGACUGUUUGCCCAGCGUCGUCCUGUCCCACACCGACAAAAGCGAGCAGAAGGAAGCCAGCGCGGACAGGAAAGGCGAAUCACCCUUGGUGCUCAACCGAGAGAAUCCAGACGCCACUUCCGGCAAGAGGGUGCUGACGGACAGAGUGGAUGACAGUGCGGAUCGGCGGCGUCCCCUCUCGCGAGAUAGCAGAGGUCACGGCCGGUUCCGAUACCGACGCCCGACUUCCGGUUCUGGCGGAAGUCCAGAUUACAGUUUUGACGAGAAGGACAGAGGGGACAGUGCCGACGACAGGGAAUCGGAGAGGAGCGACUCGGCCAGCGCUUUUCAGAUGAUCGAGGACAGCUGCAGAUCCGGGUACGAGCGCUACUUCCACAAAGGCGUCGGUGGAGAACGCGGAGCAGUGACGUCACGGGGUUUGAUGGUGGUGCCACCUGCAGUCGGGCACCCAAUUUUCCCGUACCUCUGCCCUCCCGGCCUCUAUUCAGGAGCCUCCUCGGGCCUUCCCCAGUUUCCUCUCAGCCCAUUCAUCUUCGCCGCGACGGGCGCCUCGCCGUUGGGCCCUCCCACACUUCCCAUGUCUUACCUGGCAAGUGCAGGGCCGGAACUCUCUCACCUGCCUCCCUUGCCUCAUGCGCCUUCGCCGGGGUCACUAUUAGGAGGUGCCUUUCUAACUUCCUCCACCUGUUUUCACAAGGUUUGCACUCGCUGACGUCUUUCGCUCGUCACGGCAGGGCGACUCCUCCCCUAGGGAGCGUUGGAGGAGCAGAAAGAGAAGCCAGCAGUGGAGGGUCUGGACGAGGAUCUGCAGUGGGCCGUAGCUCCGUGCCCCUCUCGCAGGCGGUUCCGUCUCACCCUCAUCUGGCCAUCCUACAAGGGGGACAUAGCACAUCUCCCACGUCUACCCGACAGUCCCCGUCUCAAGGGGGUCCUGUAUUCUCCAGCAAAUCACACAUACCCCGCUACCGACCGUUUCCUCUUUCCUCCUCCUCUUCCCCAACAGCCUCCCCGUCCUUUUCGCCUUCCUUCCAGUCCGUUUUGUCUUCUGCUUCCCCCUUAGCAGUGCCACCUCGCCAGUUCUGACAUCGCCCUCGACGGCCACCUCCUUGUCCACAUCCUCGUCGAGUGGGUCCAGCUCAGGGCUAACAACGGUUCCCAGACUUCGAACUUCCGGGGUCAGUCAUAUUUCUCCUUCUUCCACCUCCGUCUUAAGCAGCAGCGGUCACCUACAUCAUGGCGAUUCUGCCCGCUCUCGCAGCCCCCGUCCCGUCAUCAGACCGAGUCCCAUGUCUCGUGCAGGCCUGGGGGGUCACUUCCAUGGCCUCUCAGCUUCCGGCAAAACUAACAGCGAGCUGAAGAAUAUCGAGCGCAUGCUCAACGGCCUCGACCGAAGUCGUCGACUAAAUAAGGAACAAAGAAGGUUGGUGGUUGAAGACGAAUAGUUGCAAUGUGUUGUCAAAACUGUCGUCUGCUGCCAGAAGAUCGGGUGUUGAUGUCAGAGUAUUUAUUGUUGAAAACAAUGGCUGUCUAGCUGCGAUACAUCCGCUUGUUGACAGUUGGUCUGUCGAGGCCGUCAAACGAACUGAUGUGACUGGAACAUGCUUCACAAACAUGUUUUCACGUGCCAAGAUUUGAACAUUUCAGACAACGGAAAAUUUUGGGUGCCAUCUUUAAACAGAUCUCUGGGAGAAAAAAAAAACUAUCCAAAAAUGUGAGUGUUGGUUCCUCUCGGAUUUGAUGGCUGUAGACUGCUGUAGACAUGUUUUUAAGAAUCGUCAAUCAAAGAACUACCUAGCUACCCUGGAUGAUGCUGCAUUCGUGACCAUUUACUUACCGAAGUGUUAUUCAAGGAUCCGAACUCUACAUCUGUGAUUUCUUUGUGUCAGCCGUUUUCUUUGAGGAGGUGUUUGUUCUUUGAGGUCAAAACAGUGUGCGGCGAUCCUUUGACAUCAAAGGACAGAAGACAUUUGGGAGAAAAAAGUGAUGGCAAGUAGCGGAGGACAAUGAUGGCGAACUUUAUGUUCUAUAAAGAUUGUGGGACACACAUAUUAAUGCUGUAAACAUUUUUCUGUUCUUGACGAGACACGUUGUGUUUGAUCGUCCGUUGAGCAGAGGAAUUUUUUUAAAUGUUUGCUUCUUUCUUUACCUCACAUUGGAAAUCUUCCCAAUGCUUUAAAAAAAAAACUUUGCAUGAUAAUCUCAAACCAGAUCUUCACUGGACCUGGUGGGGCUCGUUAUUUAUGUGCCAUAAAAAGAUGUGUUUGAAUUACAUUGACUGCAGUGGGUGUUCGUUCCCUAACGAAAGAUUUGGUUGUCGGGUGGGCGGGGAGGGUGUAAAGGAUGGGUGGUGCGUGCGUUUUAUGUUGGGUGUGUUUGUUCUAUGAACAGUGUUCUCACACACCUGUGUAAUCUGAUGUCUGAAUGCUUGGAAAGGGACAUGAGAGAGACACCAUAGAAAGUAAAAUAAAAUUUAAUAAAUUUUAAAAAAAAAUCAAGAUCAAGCAGAGUCUCGAACUGUGGUGUCACGAACCUUUCAAAUGAAGGUAGCUUCUGUCAUCUCAGUAAGUGCAGCAGCCCAGACAACUCACCACAGGUCUGGGUUGAAUUCUGGGUGUGUGAUCUCCAACUCUUGAGUCGUCUUUAUACCAAACCAGGUGAAUUCAAGAACAGUUGCUUAUUUACUAGUGCAAUUCUGUUUGUCCUUCCAUCUCCAUUUUUUUAAAUCGUCAGCAUGGCUUCUGUGCAAUGAUUGUCCUUGUUCCAAAGUCUGUCUACUGUCAUACAUUCGUGUGCCGAAUGCUAUCUUCGAUGAUUUCUGUGGCAUGUCGGAAAUACAUCAGCGGUAAUACAUCAACAAAAUAACGAUUUCAUCUCCCUCUUCAUCAGUGAUGACAUUGUCGCAUUUACAUUCAUUCUUCGUUUCCUUACUUUGGCAUGACUGUCAUCAGCAACAGACAAAAAACAUUCUAAAUCACAGUCAUUUAAUUUAAUUUCAUUAAACUUUUCAGAAAGACUUUCUCAUCAGAAACAUAAAGCGGGAUGACGAUCAAGAAUCUCAAGUAACUGGCAAAUCGUCUGAAAGCAGUGCCAAUCACUUUUUUUUCCACUUUUCUGUUUUCUUUGAACCCGGUUCCGCUUUGAAACUAAAGUUUAUUUUCAAAAAAAUACUCACAUGAAGAAAUCGUCGAUCACACUAAAUGAAUGAUAGAAUAUGAAUAAAAAUAAUCUUGAAAAAUUAUGAUUUUGGAUGAUAAAGCGUAGGGUCUUGUAAUAAAG